AUGAGUAAGCUUUCGAGUGAUGCUGUGAGAGAAGCUAUUACCGGAAUCAUGGCUGAUUCCAAGGAGAAAAACCGGAAAUUUGUGGAGACUAUUGAACUCCAGAUUGGGCUUAAAAACUACGAUCCUCAAAAGGAUAAGCGUUUCAGUGGUUCUGUCAAAUUGCCUCACAUCCCUAGACCUAAGAUGAGAAUUUGCAUGCUUGGUGAUGCCCAGCAUGUUGAGGAGGCUGAGAAAAUUGGACUGGACUCGAUGGAUGUCGAAGCAUUGAAGAAGUUGAACAAAAAUAAGAAACUGGUGAAGAAAUUGGCAAAGAAGCACCAUGCUUUUUUAGCUUCUGAAGCUGUUAUCAAGCAGAUUCCUCGUUUGUUGGGCCCUGGUCUCAACAAGGCAGGAAAGUUUCCUACACUUGUUUCCCACCAAGAAUCUCUAGAAGCCAAGGUUAAUGAGACUAAAGCUAUGGUCAAGUUCCAGCUUAAGAAAGUGCUUUGCAUGGGAGUAGCGGUUGGUAAUGUCAGUAUGGAUGAAAAACAGAUCUUCCAAAAUGUACAACUGAGUGUUAACUUCCUUGUCUCCUUGUUGAAGAAGAAUUGGCAAAAUGUUAGGUGCUUGUUUCUGAAGAGCUCCAUGGGCAAAUCUUACCGUGUCUUCUAA